AUGGAUCCCAAGUUCAACGGCGACUGGAGUGCCAACGAGAUCGAGAUGGUGAGAUCUAUCAUCGCUAAUCACGACGCCAACAGCAGUUGCAUCAACAACAGGAAUGCUAAGCACUAUGGCAUUGUGGAUAAGCUCCACGCAAGGUUCCCAAGGAAGGAUAAGCGUCAGGUAAUUGACUUGUAUGUUGAUCUUGUGGUGGAGAUGCUAAAUGAAAUAGAGAUGAGAAGCAACCAGCUGCCUAUGAUGGUGAGCAACGACCUUGUGGUCAACAAUUUUGGAGUGAUGGUGGAGAACCCAGGCGUGCACAGCAUGGAUGUGUUUACUGGUUACUUAACAGAUGAGAUGAAGGACAAGAGGAUGGUGGAGGAACAACAUCACAGGAAAGUUGUUGUUCCUCAACAGGACAAGCAACGUGCAAGGAGGUUUUGGACUCUGGAGGAGCACAGGAAUUUCCUACUUGGCCUGCGUGCAUAUGGACGCGGUAAUUGGAAGAACAUCUCUAAGGACUUCGUCACCACUAAAACGCCAGUGCAAGUCUCCAGCCAUGCACAGAAGUUCUUUCGUAGGCAGGAGAGCACCACAAAGAAGCAGCGCUACAGCAUCAACGACGUCAGCCUCUAUGACACUAAGCCAUGGGCGCAGGACAACUCCUCUACCUGGGAGGCUUUCACUAGCAAUGCUUACAACCCAUACUCUUAUGGCUUUGGUGGCCAGCUCGCUUCCAUGGACAACCUCACACAGGUUUAUUCUCCCUUCCAAUGCCCUGCCAGUCAGGCGAGCAGCAGCCAGACAAUCACCUGGAAUAGAGGUCAGCAGACACCGAGUCCUUCUUCUGCAGCUCCAACGAUGGAGGAGGAUGGGAGCCAAAUGGAAUGGACCAGUUAUUAUUAG